UCGUCAGUGGCUUUCGUUCAGACAUAUUACAUACAUAAUAUGUAUAUGUAUUUAGAUGAUUACUGAUCUACCCUAACCUAAAUUAACUGAGAUUUGUCAUUUGUGAGAAAAAAGCAGAUAAUUGUUCCAGCAGUUUGUGAUAUUAUUACUCACUAUUAAAUACCAUGUAAAAUAUUGUUCAUGAAGUGACUUUGUUUACUGUUUAUUUAAUUUGUAAUAUAGAUCAUAAAUAAGAAGGAAUAUUUAUAUAAUUUUACAUCAGUAAAAUGCAGUGAUUUUAAACAAGUUACAUAAAGGAAGAGAAGAAAUUAUGUUACAUUUUACGUUCUGGACAGAUGUAAAAAAAAAUAAAAUUGUGUAAAAUUUAAUUUAUUGAAAUGAUGAUGGAGUUGAGUCAUAGUUUGACCCUCAAUGAGGAUGCUCUCAAUCAAAUCCCAGAGGCCAAACGACCAGUUUUUAUAUUUGAAUGGUUACGAUUUUUGGACAAGGUUUUAAUUGCUGCACAAAAGAGUGAUAUUAAAGGAUGUCAGCAGAAGCUAGUAGAACAGUUAACUAAACACAUGCAAGGAGCACCUGGACCUCCUACACGAAGACUUAUUGCAAGAUGUCUUGCUACAUUAUUUAGUGUUGGCGAUACAUUUUUGCUCUUUGAUACUGUCAAUAAAUGUAAUGAUAUUCUUAGAAAUAAGGAUGAUUCUCCAAGUUUUCUUCCAACAAAGUUAGCUGCUAUAUGUUGUGUAGGAUGUAUGUAUGAAAAAUUAGGAAGAAUGAUGGGUAGAUCCUAUGAGGAAACUGUACAGAUUUUGAUAAAAUCUUUACGUUCUGCAGAAUCACAAACACGAAUAGAGAUUAUGCAUACUUUAGAAAAGGUUUGUGCUGGUAUGGGUUCUGCAAUUACAAAUGUUCAUAAGGAAAUAUAUAAAAUUUCUAGACAUUAUCUCACAGACAGAGUGAUGGCUGUAAGAUGUGCUGCUGCAAAGUGUCUAUUGGAAAUGUUAAAUCAUGCUCCAUUUUUAUAUACUACUGAAAUAGAAAGUGUUGCUACACUCUGUUUCCGAGCAUUUGAAGGUUCAAAUUAUGAAGUUAGAUGUGCUGUUGCAAAGUUACUUGGUACAUUGGUAGCAAUGACCCAACUUCCAACACCAAAAGGCAAAAACCCUUCAGUAACUCAAAAUAAAAACUGCAAACAAAUUUCACUUGAUGAGGUAUUAAAUAUUUUAAUGUCCGGAUUUUUAAGAGGUGGAGUAGGUUUUUUAAAAGGUACUGGAGAAAUUAUAAAAGGAAAUUCUAGUGUAAAUCGAGAAGUCAGAGUUGGAGUCACGCAUGCAUAUGUUGUCUUUGUUCAAAUGUUGGGAGGUUCCUGGCUCGAACGUAAUAUCGGUGCAUUAAUUGCACAUGUACUCGAACUUGUGACAAAUCCAAAGGCAGCAAGCUCGCACGUUGAUGCUGUCUAUUCCAGAAAAUGUGUAAACUUUAUAUUACAUGGUACUAUUGGUAAAUUAUUGGGUGAAGGAGCUCAAGCUGCUGCGUGUAAAGAAAUAGCACAUAUUAUCUUAAAACAAAUGAACUCUAUUGAUUUUAGUCCAGAAAAUGCCAAGGAUUGUAAUCAAGAAACUUUAUUUAGUCAACAUUUACUCGUCUGCGCUUUGCAGGAAAUGGGAAAUUUGAUUCUAGGAUUGGGUACAACAGCUUGUAAUUUAUUAUCUGAUCAAUCUUUAAGUUUAAUUGACACAAUUAUGGCUGUCUUGAUUCAUCCGUGUCAAGCAGCUAGACUUGCCGCUUCCUGGUGUUUGCGUUGCAUUUGUGUAGCAGUUCCAAGCCAAAUAACACCUCUGAUUGAUCGCUGUGUAGAUGGUAUCGAAAAUAUGCGUAGUUCACCGGAAGCAAUAGCUGGAUAUAGUAGUGCUUUAGCUGCAGUUCUUGGUAGUGUUCGUUUGUCACCUCUUGGUGUACCCCACACGAAAGGAAAAAUUAUUUUCAAUACCGCAGAAGAGCUUUUAAGAAGUGCAAGUCAAAAUAGUCGUUUAUCAUUAAACAGGACACAUGCCGGAUGGCUUUUAAUUGGAGCUAUAAUGACUCUUGGUACAGCAGUAGUAAAAGGACUAUUACCUAGAAUGUUAUUAUUAUGGAGAAAUUCUUUCCCUCGGUCAAACAAAGAACUUGAAAGCGAAAAAGCUAGAGGUGAUGCGUUCACUUGGCAAGUAACUUUAGAAGGUCGAGCAGGUGCAUUAUCUGCUAUGCACAGUUUUCUACUGCAUUGUCCAGAACUUUUAAACGAUGACAUUACAAGACGACUUCUAACACCAAUCGAGUCAGCGUUGGCAAUGUUAACGAAUUUGUCACCUGUACUAAAAAAUUAUGGACAACAAUUGAAAGCUCCAGCUGCGAUGGUUCGUUUACGUUUGUACGAAACAUUGUUGUUGUUGCCGCCGCAAACUUUUGAAGGUUCUUACACACAUCUCUUAAGAAUGUUGGUAUCUGAAUUUACAUUGACUGAAAAUCCUGGAAAUACUACUACUUCAUUAUUACGUGCAGUUUGUCAUGCUAAUGAUUCUGUAAUUCUUGGUACAUGGUUGCAAGAAACUGAUCACCGUACAAUAGAAGAUCAAAUGGAACCAAACAGAAGGGCAGAUUUGGAACAUUUACAGCCAAACAGUGCUGCAGGAUCUGGAGCUCUGGAACACAAUCCGUGUUGCCUCUACAGACCAGUACCACAAGAUGAAAUAAUUCCUGGUCCUUUACCUUUGGGUGUUGCUGUGAUUGAUUUGUCUGUGUCAUUGUUUGGUCAAAUUUUCCCACGCGUGGCAAACAAACAUAGAUUACAGAUGUUAGAUCAUUUCAGUGAAUGUAUAAAGCAUACAAAAUCUGGUAGACAGGAAGCAAUUCAGAUGAAUGUUUUUACAGCUGUGCUAAGUGGGUUAAAAGGUCUUAAUGAAGCUAAAACUGGAUUUGGUCAAGAAGAUGUUAAGAAAUCGGCAACCAAUUUAAUUAUUAGUGCUUUAGUAAGCAGCAAUUCAAUAUUAAGGUGGGCAGCUGGAGAAGCUGUUGGAAGAAUGGCCCAAGUUAUUUCAGAUCCAAAAUUUACGGCAGAGUUGGCACAAACAAGUUUUGAUCGUUUGAAGUCUGCUCGUGAUGUUGCUAGUAGAACUGGUCAUUCUUUAGCGUUAGGAUGCCUCCAUAAAUACGUAGGUGGAAUGGGAUCUAGUCAACAUCUAAACACAAGUGUCAGUAUCCUACUUGCUCUUGCACAAGAUAAUUCGUCUCCUGUAGUACAAGUAUGGGCAUUACAUGCUCUUGCACUGAUUGCUGAUUCUGGUGGACCAAUGUUUCGAGGCUAUGUUGAACCUACAUUAUCAUUAGCAUUAACUCUUCUACUCAAUGUUCCUCAUUCUUAUAUCGAUGUACAUCAAUGUAUAGGAAAAGUAUUAUCAGCUCUUAUUACAACUAUAGGACCAGAAUUACAAGGUAACACUUCGACAAUUUGUAUGGCACGAUCAUCAUUCUUAUGUGCCUGUGCUAUCAUGCAAGAUCAUCAGGAUCCUCUAGUACAAGCAGAAGCCACAGGAUGUCUCCAACAGUUACAUUUAUUUGCACCUAGACACGUUAAUUUGUCUUCUCUUGUUCCUACAUUAUGCCGAACAUUAUCAAGCAAUCAUUUGCUUUUACGUAAAGCCGCCAUAUCUUGUCUUCGACAACUUGCUCAACGAGAAGCAAAAGAGGUGUGCGAACAUGCGAUGACAUUGGCUAAUGAAAGUCGAGAUACGAAUGUGGUAGAGGGUCUUGUUAUAACAGAAACUGGGCUUCCAGGCGUCUUAUUUAGUAUGCUAGAUACCGAAACUGAUAGCAAGUUAAUUAAAGAUAUUCAUGAUACAUUAACCAGUAUGCUGCAGAUUUUAGCAGCAGAUAAUUUAUCUCAAUGGUUAUCUUUGUGUAAAGAUGUUCUUACAAUAGCUUCAGAAACAUGUAAUAACGAAGAAGGUAAUACCAUCAACGUUGAAGAUGGUACUGCGGAUAAUGAUAAUACCGAUACAGAAGGAGACGAUGAUCAAGCUGAAUUUCAUGCUGAUGAAUCUUCUAAACAACGAGCAACAAUCACACCGCGAUGGCCAACUAGAGUUUUUGCAGCACAGUGUGUUAGAAGGAUUGUAGCUGCUUGUGUAAAUAAUAAACAAACACAUUUCGAUCUUUCUUUAGCAAAGGAGAUGCUGAUUACUAAAGGAAAAAAUGAUUUCCUGGUAUUGCAUCUUUCCGACUUAGUACGAAUGGCAUUUAUGGCCGCGACGAGUGAUUGUGAUCCUUUACGACUUGAAGGUUUAAAGACAUUACAAGAAAUUAUUGAUAAGUUUGCCAAAGUUCCUGAACCAGAAUUUCCUGGACAUCUGUUACUCGAGCAGUUCCAAGCACAAGUCGGAGCUGCACUGAGGCCUGCAUUUGCCGCAGAAACAGCAUCGCAUGUUACAGCUGCAGCUUGUGAAGCUUGCAGUGCUUGGAUUGGAAGUGGGGUUGCUAGAGAUCUUAAUGAUCUUCGUAGAGUACAUCAACUUCUUGUAUCUUCUUUAGAAAAAUUAAGAGAAGGACAUACAAGGCCGCAACUGUAUAAUGAAAGUUUGUUAACGCUUGAAAGAUUAGCAAUUUUGAAAGCUUGGGCAGAAGUAUAUGUAGUUGCCAUGAUUAAAGAUGGUUCUGCGUUAAAUAGUAAAGAAACAUUCAAUCAAAGCCCAACCCAAAUCGAAGAGGGAAACGUCGAAGAUUUUGGACAAUUUGAAUUCCAAACUGAAAGUUUGUUGAGUUUAGUGCAACCAGAAUUGCUCAGUUUAAGUCAGUACUGGUUAGCUGCUCUGAGAGAUCAUGCAUUACUUUCGUUACCACCAGAAUUUUCCAGUCAAUUACCACACGACGGAGGUGCUUUCUACACAACAGAUACGAUGGAAUCUGCUCGACCUCAUUAUGCAGAAUCGUGGGCACCAAUUUUGCAUGCUGCAACACUCUGGCUUAAUGCAAAAGGAUUUGGGUUAGAAGAAACUACCAAUGAAGUACAAUUAUCAAAUACGUCGAAUAAUAAUAAUAAUAAUAAUAAUAGUGACGUCUCUACUAAAACUAAUACUAAUGUUGAACGUUUCCACUUAUUAUUUGGUAUAUGUAUGGAGGCUUUAUGCAGCCCACGAGCUUCAGAAUCUACUCAAAACAUUGAAACAUGUUUAAAUGCUUUAUAUACUUUGUUAGAUUCUUCUUGGGCACGUAAAGUUUUGAUGACAGAUCGUUCAUUACCAAUUGAAUUGUGUAACGUUCUUCACAGGAUGCUUUUAACCAGAGAAAGUUAUGUAAUUCAGAUGAUAGUAAUGGAAGUUUUAAAACAAGUAAUGAAAGCAGCACAGGAAAAUUUAGCUGAGAGAAAGAAAGCCAAACUAAAAGAAAUAGUACCAGCGCACGAAGAAAGUAAUGAAACCCAGGAAGUAGAUCUGCUGGGAGAAGGAGAAGACAGUGGCGAGCUUGUUCCGGGCAAAUCAUUAGUAUUUGCUAUUUUGGAAGUAUGUUUGUGUCUUUUGGUUCGACAAAUUCCAGCAUUGAAUCCUAAUCCUGGUGGAACAACAGCAAUUUUAUCUCAGAAAGGAUAUAUACCAUCUGAGGAAAGUGGGAAACUUAUAGCAGCUGCACUCAAUACAAUGGAGUCUCUUCCUACUUUAUGCUCCCCUCAGGGAGCAAUAGCAAUUUUACCAACUUUGCUGUAUUUGGCAACUGGAGUAAUUAAAGAAACUGCAAUACGCACCGACAAUGAAUGCAACAAAAUAUCAUCAGAUGCACCAGUGCAUGCGGCUUUGCAUUGUAUAAAAAGUCUUAGUAUAAAUAAAUUUGCAAAAGAUCAUAGAAGUCAGGAACAAUGGACAAGUCUUUUACAAAGCGCUCUUGCUAAAAUCAUUGAUCUGGCUAAAACAGGAAAUGACGAAACGAAAAUGGACGAAGUAACAAUGAUGUUAGCUAUUGCAGUGUUUGUUCUUCAUGCUACACAAGAAGUUGUAAGUGCACCGAAUCUUCAGUUCCCAUGUAUCAAUCAUUUUCGACAUGCUUUCCAAUCAGAAAAUAUAAUGGUCAAAUUAAAAUGUGUUCAAACAUUAAGAACAAUAUUUUUACAUCCGGAACGCGUAAUAAGUACUCCUUAUAUUCAUGCAUUAGCUCCGAGAUUAGUCGAAUAUCUGUACAGUGACAAAAGCAAACAAGUUACAAAUGAUUUAGAGUUAUCUUUUACUUUGGAAUGUGUCAGCACUGUUGAAGCUCUCAUUGGACUUGCGGAUCUUUCAAACCGCAUACAGAUGUUAACUCUACUCGUGCCAAUCCUAAUCAAUUAUUUAUUGGAAGGAGAACAACUUCAGCAUGCUUCUAAAUAUCAAUUAAGUCUCCAUCAACAGAGUUUUCAAUGGCUGAAUAAAAUAGGACCAAAAUAUCCUCAGGAAUUUAAAACGUUAAUGUCACAGUCUACAGAAUUGAAAACCAAAUUAGAAAAUGCUGUUAGAUCUACUCAUCAACAAGCACAAAGACAUAACCGACCAGUAGAUUUAGUAAAACCACAAAUUAAGAUCUCUACACCAUCUAUCAAGCUAAAAACAGAUUUUUCAAACUUCAAUUAAAUGCUUUAGUAGCAUUUCUUAACAUGUUAUACACUUGUUUAGAUAUUAUGUUAAUUAUGACUCGAGUAUUAUACGAACAGCGAAAUUUUUAAAUUUAACGAUGUAGUUAUAUGUGUUUCAGUAUAGUUACAAAAACAUUUUGGAAAAGUAAAAUAUAACAAAACUUAUCUGAACAGUGUAUAAUGUGUUAAAAAUAGUGCUUUUAAUAACGUAAAUGACUAAUAGCAUGUAACUAUUGUAUUAGUCCAUUAAUUGACCAUCAUAAGUGAUAAUCUGUGGUACAGAUGUAACUCAAUAUUAUGUAAGAUAAAAUAUUUUAAUUAUAAAAAUCUUUACUUCCAUAAGAAUUUCAUUGAUGAUGAUAUUCAUUGAUUAGUACUUAUUUACUAGCACUCAUUAAUAUUUCAGUAGAAAUUGGAUUUAAGCUUACUAAUAGUAAGAAAGUUGAUAUUGACAAAAUAUCCAGAAUAUCUAUUUUUCUGUGAGAGCAUUUACAUUUUGAA